GUCUAUGAUCGGUCACAUGGAAUCGAUAUUUUGAACAGACGAUACCGCAGAUCUCUUGAAAAUUUGCAAGUCUUAAGUGUAUAUUUAAACAAAUCGACAACAAGAGAUAGUAAAACCGUAAACGUUGGAUAUAUUCAACAUCUGGAAAAAUGAGUGAGGUCGCAGACGAACAAUAUCAGGGUGAGGUCAAUGCAGACGAACAAACUCAGAGUACGAUAUCGGACGAUCAGGUUCAUGAGAUUUUCACCUCUUUUGACACGGAUGGUUCUGGUAAACUGAGCAUGACUGAGUUGGGUAAUGCUCUUUGUCUACUGGGUAUAGAUCUAACGGAUGAGGAACUAACAGGCACCUACCACAUUGACGACGAUCCAGAAUCUUUGACAGAAGAGGAGUUUGCUUUGUACAUUCGAGAAAGAAUAGGAAAUAUCGACUUCCGAAAACGAUGUGAAGACUGUCUACGCGAGUUUGACGAGGAUGGGUCAGGUUUGUUGAGCAGAGAUACUUUGAAGACAAUCCUUACACAGCGGGGCUCUUAUCCAAUGAGCGAUGAAGAUGCAGAAGCCCUUUUGGAUGAAUGUGACGCCAAUGCCGACGGUUACUUUAAUGUUACAGAAAUGGCAGACUUGAUGUACAAUAUACCUAAGGGUCACGAAGGCGAAGAGAGCCAGGCGAUAGAAAAUGUGUAAACAGGAGAAGGAACCAAAUUCAAAAACAACAAGAACAACAACAACAACAACAACAAAAAAAACAACAUAAACGAAAUAACACUAUUCACCAAGAAGAAAUAACUACAGCAAACGCUCAUAUUAUUCAGAUACUCACGUGCAAUAUUUUUGACAAAAAUGUAAUGAACUUUUGAAUGUGCGCAUGUCCAGCUGGAAGCUUUCAACAAUAUUCACUCUUUUUGAAUCUAUUCUCAUAAUCAUGCAUGUUUCGAUUCAAUGAAGUACAUAUUUCGCUAUCAUUCUGCUAUUAAAGCAUGCAUUCUUUCACUUUCAGUACAGGUUGUUUCUAUUUUUUAACAUCAAGUAAAUGGGGAGAGGGGGGAUUGGACGUAUUUUACUGUUUGUUGAUGCUUGUGUUAGAAAAGUGUUGUUUGUAUAUGAAAUGGCGAUAUUUGUUUACUUUUUGAUACACAUGAAAACAAUUUAUAUGUGAUAAAUGUGUGUUUAAUUUUAAGCUCUUACAAAUGAUAAUACCCAUUUGCUGACCACAUAAAUUAUCUUCCGGCGGUUCUUGGACUGUCCAGUUUAUCUUAGUCUGUUAAAGGUAUUGAAAGUACGGUGCUAUUCCAAACUGACGUAAAAAGUGUAAGCAACUAUGAAUUUGAUUUAUUUACGAGACAUCUGUAUGUUUAGUCGAAUGCAAAACAGUACAAUGUAAAUAAAUAAAAAAUGUUGAACCUCCCCUUACAAAAAAUCUUGUAUAAGUUAUAUUUUGUUGUUUCAUAUUAACUACAUGACAUUUUUGUUGUAUGAUUGUUCUACCGAGAUAAAGUAUAUAUAACGUUGAGUUAUAAGACAUUUUUGCAAUGUGAUAUAUUUACCUUACAACAAGAAAGACAGUAGAAAUAGAUCGGUUCAAACAAGCUGUACAAUCUUGUGUUAUUUGACUUGUCAGUUUUAGAUAAACCAUUUUAUUUUAUCGUUUAUGCAUCAAUAUCAUAUUUUCAUAUACCUACAUAAUCAUAUAUAAACCGUUUAGAUAAAAACACGUUAUUACUUCGAACGCAUUUUGGCAAUAAAGUUUCAUACGUUAUAUAUUUCUCUA